AGAGUUGAAGAGAGAGAGAUCUCCGAUGGCUUUGCUGCCUGUGGUGCAACAAGAAAAGAAACCCCAAAACAAACGCAGAGGUCCAACUCGUCGCUUGAGAGAGUGGAUAGAGAAGGCGAUUCUACACCAACAACAACAGCAAAGCACACCGUCGUCGCCGUCUGUGUGUCCCGUGGCUCACUCGACUCGCUAUCAUCAUAAUUCAGUCGAACCGCACAGCCAGUUAGUCAGGCCUACUACUCUGCCUAAUGGCAUUUCGGUGGUGAUUUAAAGUGCCCGAAGAAGCAUAAAAAUAGUUGGUUAAAUUUGAACAAUUUGCUAUCGCAAUCAAUACUGUUACAAGUGAAGUGUGAGGUGUGUCAUUGAGUCGAGAUCAAAUGGUGAACGCAAGUCAGAAGGAGAAAAUGCUCCGAUUCCAGAUACCGAACGAGCUGAAGGACGAUCUCGUCUAUUGCCAGCGAUCUUUACGUCACUUUGUCAAAGUGCAUCAGCUUCUGGCAUCGAAAUUGGCCAAUGGAUUGACGCAGAGUCAGAUAUCCAAACUGAAGCGCAACCUUCAGGAACUGGAAGGACAAAUGAUCGACAUUGGCAACGAGCAGCGUUCGCUGGUUCGGGAGCUGGACGGCUUGGUUCGCGAUUACAUCAAGGAGAUGGCCGCCAAGGAGUUCGUCGAUAUCGACCAGGAAAUCGCCUACGGAUUUGUCACCCGGGCCCUAUCCGUCCACUACGAGAUGUCCUUCAACACCAAAUACGCACCGAAAAACGUCUCGGAACGGUUGAACGAGGCCCAACUGGUCCACAAGUACGAGCUUUCCUCCUUCGAUGAAGCUCGACCGAAGAAAGAGAAAGACGAAUCCCAAAGCAGCAGCAGUUCUUCGAUUUCUCCCACCGCAUCGCAUCCGUACAAUCAGCGGCAAAUCUCGCUGCUCAAGCCGAAGGAGGAACGCGUUAGCUCCGCAGCCACCAAGACCUUACCACCUUUCAACAACAUAACCUUCUCCAACGCUAAGGCCCUGGUCAACGAGCAAGCCCUGAAGAAGAUCGCACCGGAAACGAUCGCCGUUCCGAAGAAGCUCAUCAAAAUUCCGCCGAAAAUAGAAAGCCUUCCACGUCCGAUUCCCAAACUGCCCGAAAUCGCCUGCUCUCCCAUCAAGCAGGAAGACGAAUACGAACCGCAGGAGCUCCCGGCCACAGUGGCCAUCAAGAAGAGCCGAAUGAAUCUGCUGCAAGCUCUGAACAAAGCCAAGAACAGCAGCCUAACUCAGAGUCAACCGGAGGUGCAAUCGAAACCGGUGGUAACCGCUUUCGUCACUCGUCAGAAGGGUAUCAUCAAGACUCGCAGCGAUCCCUUGCCGGGUUCGAGCAGCAAACGUCCGUCCAGUGGCGCCUCGUCAGACUCAUCCCCGAAUUCCCGUUCUUCCACUCCGCUCUCGGUCAAAGCUUCGGACGAUUCUUCGGUUGAUCGUGCCCCGAUGCCAAUCGAAGAGUACCUCGAAUACCAACCGCUCGAUAUCGAUGAACUGGAACAACCGGUGUUUCUGAAGUUCUUCGGUCUCCUGACGCUGGAGGAAAGCAAAGCUCUGACCACUAGGAAGACGGAGCGCAAACGUCGCAGCUGCAACAGUACCGAGCGGAAGGAUUUUCACUACGGUAAGAUCGACUACUACGAACAGCAAAUGACCCACAUCACUCGCCGGAGAAGUAAACGGCCGAUUCUCUACUCGCCACCAUCGACGCGGGGCGUCAAAAAGCGGAAGCACUUUGAUUUGAUUGCCUCCAGCACCGGAGCGGGAACGGUUCGAUCCGGUGCGGGCCCUUCUUCGGGAUCAGCAGCAGGAGGAACAGGUGGUCAGCAGCAGCAGCAGCAACAACGGGUUGUUGCCGCCGCCGCCGUUGGGGACAGUGGCAGUUCCAAGUUGGUACUGACCGAGUUGGAGAAUAAGAUUUGCAUCGUUUGCAACAAGUCUGGUUCCGCGGACAGUCUGAGCGCGUGCGUGUACUGCUGCAACAUCUACCAUCUGCGCUGCCACAGCAACAGCAUUUUCAACCCGCAGCUGCUCCGCCAACGGGACAACAUCUGUCCGGUUUGCCUGCAGAAAAAGCAACAGGACUCCGUGGCGCUACAGAAUCAACAGCGUGAUCGAAUGCUUCGCAAACGGUUGCUGCGGCGCAACGCCCAGCAGAGGGCACGCAACGAACGGCUGCAACAGCAAAUGCAGCUGCUGGAGGAGGAAUUCACCGUCAAGCAGACGGCACGCCGGGGGAUGGUGGAGCAGGAACGCACCACCCGGGAUCAGAUUGCCCAGCUGAUGAACUGCGUCCGCUCGCUGCGUCAUGAACAAUAGCAGCUCGAUGGUCGACUUCAGCGCGAACUUCACUAUGCAACAUGUACAAAUAAUGCUCUUCCAUUAUAUUUUUUUUUUUUCGUUUGUUCAUUCUUCUCAUUUGUCAUUUUUCGAUGCUCGCAAGAAUACUGCCACAAUUAGUUUAGUAAAUUUCCUAUUAUUUAUAACCAUUUGUUCUGCCAUGGUUGGUUGUUGUGAUCCCGACCGGUGAUGCAGCCGCCUGAUUACGAUUAGUGGCAGGUUUAGAAUAGAAGAAGAGUUCAACAAUAUUGGUAUAGGACAUAUUUGGUACAAUUCCCUUGUGUGAAUGCAAUAGCAAAACAAACAAAAAAUACCUUAUCAUGUGUACUAUUUCAAACGAUCUUUGUAACCGAAUAAAUUCACCUAUUACAGAAGGAUUUUUGAAUUCUCGUCUCGAA